CCUGGAGCCGAGUCCCCGUGCCCAGCUAACCCCGCUCUCCUUCCCCAGCCUGGGCAGCUACGCAGCGCUCCAUGGGGAAUUCUACUGCAAGCCCCACUUCCAGCAGCUCUUCAAGAGUAAAGGCAACUACGACGAGGGCUUCGGGCGCAAGCAGCACAAGGAGCUGUGGGUGCACAAGGAAGUAGAAAGCGGGACCAAGUCAGCUUGA